GAAGUAGUCAUCAAUUUUAUCAUUAUACAUGUUAUUAUCAUUUAAGAAGUACAAUUUAUCUAAAUAAUCUUUUCACAAUGGAAUGGUUUUGAUAAUUAAUAAUCAAACUUUAUUGAAGAGGAUAUUACUGGAAAGUGACAAAUGUAAAUUAACAUUACAAGUGACCACUUAAUUCUAAAUCAAAGCUAUGUCAUGUGAAUAUCAUCAAACCAAAACCUCUGUGAUGGAAUCUGAUAAGGAGAUUUUAGUGGAAUAUCACCAAAAAUAUGCUGCAGCCAAAAAGAGAACAUGUAUUCUAGUGUCUGCUAUAGUAACAGCUAUUGUUCUGAUAGUUACAGCAGUUUGUACAUUAGGAGUAUACUUUGGAGUGUAUUAUAGCCCAGAAAAUGACAAAGCAUCAAUCAAACCUAAAAGCUUAAUGGGUCAAUCUUGUUCAGACCCAUGUAUAUUAAAUCUGGUAGAAAGUAUUCCUGAUAAUCUAACCUUCGUCAAAGGAGCACCACUCCAUUCCUCCACCUAUGAAGGGAUAAUGAGCUUAAUGGCUAAUGCCAAAGAGACCAUAGAGAUAGCUUCUUAUUACUGGACACUAAAUGGACAAGAUUUACCCUUCCAUGAUAACUCCUCUUGGGAGGGAGAAUCAAUCCUUGAAACUCUGAUAUCAACUGGUAGAGACAAAAAGAUAAAGAUCAAGAUUGUUCAAAAUAAACCCAAGGGAAGAAAUAACAACACAGAAGCAUUAGCUAAAUAUGCUGGUGCAGAAGUGAGAACAUUGGAUUUUGACAAGCUAUUAGGUAAUGGAAUUAUCCAUACAAAGAUGUGGUUGAUAGACAGAAAACAUUUCUAUGUGGGCAGUGCCAACUUAGACUGGCGAUCUUAUACACAGGUUAAAGAGCUAGGAGCAGUCAUUUAUAAUUGUCCUUGUAUGGCAAAGGACAUGGGUAAACUAUUUGAUGUGUACUGGUACCUAGGUGUACCAGGUACUACUGUUCCUUCUUCCUGGCCUUCAUCAUACAGUACAGAUAUAAACAGCAACACCUCCAUGCAGAUUCAGUAUAAUGGCACUGCUGCAACAACAUACCUGUCAAGUUCCCCUCCACCAUUUUGUCCAAAUGGUAGAACAGUAGACAUUGAUGCCAUAGUAGAUGUCAUACAUAAAGCAGAUAAAUUUGUAUAUAUAGCUGUAAUGGAUUACUUUCCAACUACACAAUUCUCUCGACCUAGAAAAUACUGGCCAGUAAUAGAUGAUGCCUUACGUAGAGCUGCUUUUGACAGGAGGAUAUCAGUAAAGCUGUUAAUUAGUUAUUGGAAUAAUACGUGGGCAGAAAUGCCUUUGUAUCUAAAGUCAUUGAAUGUACUUAAAUAUUCUGAUUAUGGAGUCCAUACUAACAUAGAAGUGAGAAUGUUUGUUGUACCAGCUUUCACAGAGAGUCAGAGGAAAAUACCAUUUGCAAGAGUAAAUCAUAACAAAUAUAUGGUUACAGAUAAAACAGCUUAUAUUGGAACAUCUAACUGGUCGGGAGAUUACUUUAUUGACACAGGAGGUAUAGGGCUAAUUGUGAAUCAGAACGUGACGGCAGAGGCUGGAAAUGUACGCAAACAAUUAGAGGAUAUAUUUUAUAGAGACUGGGAUUCACAAUACUCCACUAAUAUUGAUCAUUUUAACUUUACUACAAAAGGACAUACUGAAUUAUAGUUACUAAUGCAGCAGUAAAUUUAUUUGUAUGUUACAGUGUUCUUCCCAGAUAUUUCAUUUAGCAUCCUGGUAAACAGGGGAAAUUGAAAUACCAUCUUGUUUCUAAAAAUUAUGGCAUCACAUCCAUAACAUAAUAUAUAAGAAACCAAUUCAGGUAGCAUUACAUUCAAGAAAUAUAGCAUCACAUUACCAUGAUGCUAACAGACCCUGGGGAGAACACUGUGUU